UGAAUUCUCAAAUGUCAAUGUUUGUAGGUUUGGUGCAUUCAUUCAUUCACUUAAUUAAUAAUAGCACCACCUCCUCCGUCUCCCUUCCGUCUAAACGCCAUUUCUUCUAACCAAUUACCCAACCGUUACGUAACCAAAUCCUUUGUCUUUUUCCAUCUAAACGUCCUCGUCACAUUUAACGGAAACUAUUUUUUCAUUUUCAAUUCCCUCUUUUGAAUAAUUCAUAUAUUAUCAAUUUUUUUUAAUUAUUUUUUCCUUUUUCUUCAUCAAAAAUCAAAUAACAACAUGAUGAGAGGGAAUCAAGAUCAACAAUCGAAGAUGAUCUGCGAAUUAUCGGCUCUGGUUUUCAACCUUCUACAGUUUUCUCCGACGCCGUUGUCUUAUUCCGAUCGAUCUCCGAUCGUGCCGGUGCCUCCGUCUGAGUCACCGUUGAGGCGUGCAGGUCAGAUUACUCCGGCUGGAUUUGCGUCGUUGCUUCUGGGAAUUUCGGUGGCUCUGAUACUUUGCGGAUCGGUUACUUUCUUCAUUGGGUUUAUGCUGAUGCCGUGGGUUCUUGGAUUGGUUAUGGUGUUUUACGUUGCUGGUAUCGUUUCAUCUCUUUCUGUUUUGGGUCGUUCCAUUCUUUGCUUCGCCUCGCCGCGUAAGGAUGUUCCAGAGUGGAAAUUGUUAUGAGGAGAUGAAUAUGGCAUUGAGCAGUAUGAUACUGGUAUUGUGCCUGCUCAUGCACCCUAUAGAACAAUGAAGACUACAGAUUUUCACUUGUUAGAAGCUGGAAUCGUGGAUAACAUGCUUUUAUAUAAGUUGCCAUAAUUGGUGGGUAUGGCUUCUCUUUUAAUUGCAAUUGCAAAGUAAGGUUCUAAAGCACUAAGAAUUAAGGUGUCAUUCCCUCCCAGCUUCUUUUAUCUAUUAUCAAUUGUUUUAUUUUAUAUCUAUUAUAACAUCUGUAAAUUGUGAAUUAUAGGCUUUAGAGUUACCAUUUUCCAAACAUGUCAUAUAAUACAUAGAGAGGCAAUGCAUGAGUUGCCUCAGAGAACAUGGAUGUACUGGAAGAAACAAAAUUCGGAUCAGAUGGUUAUUGUAGAUGAAACAUCCGAAAUUAUUGUAAUA